GUGACGUUACUGUUCGCGUUCAUCGCGCGUUGUUCGCGUCUGUCAUCAUCGGCGAUCCGACGCGGUUGACUGUCGUACUCGGCUCGAUGAGCUUCGACGCUAUGACGAUCCAAGGGAAGCAUCCUCGGUUUCAACCACUACGUCUGAGCGCUUCACUCCUCCGCCAUGUCCGUCCUUGACCAGCUCGAGGAUGCCGCGUACGACCUGCUCGAUCGCGGUGCUAUACCUGACUUCAUCGUACGCAUUGCGAUACGCGCUCUGCUCCGAAAGAGGCUGCGAGAAAUAGGCGAUGGUGGAGGGUCAUGGCUCGACAUGAUUCUUGGAGGCAAGAGCACCUUCGCAGAGAAGCAUGCUGCCAAAAUGGCCUGGAUUGAAGGCGUGAAGAGACGGACGGAGAUUGCCGACCACACGGACAAGGCUAACGAGCAGCACUACGAGGUUCCUACGGAGUUCAUCAUCUCCACCCUCGGGCCUGCCGCCAAGUACUCGUCAUGCUUGUAUCCAACCGGCCAGGAGACGCUUGAAGAAGCGGAGGUCCUCAUUCUCGAUAGCUACUGCGAGAAAGCCAGGUUGAGAGACGGUCAAGACGUGCUGGAUCUAGGAUGUGGCUGGGGUUCGCUUUCCCUAUUCGUUGCAGCGCGAUACCCGAACUCCAAGGUUCUGGGAUUGUCCAACUCGACUACGCAGAAGGCGUUCAUCGACAAGACGGCGCGGGAGCGCGGUCUGCGCAAUCUCGAAAUCAUCACCGCCGACGUGAACACAUUCGACUUCGCUGGAGGAAGGCACUUCGACAGGAUCCUUUCCAUCGAGAUGUUCGAGCAUAUGAAGAAUUACGAAGCCCUCUUGGCCAAAGUCUCGAGGUGGAUGCGCCCGUCCAUGCAAAUGGGCGACGGCCCUGCAGACACAGAAGCCCACACAGGCGAAGAUCCAUCCCUUCUUUUUAUCCAUAUCUUCUGUCAUAGAGACACGCCCUACCACUUUGAAGAGGGCGACGGAUGGAUGGCGAAGAAUUUCUUCUCAGGUGGGACGAUGCCGUCGCACGAUCUGUUCCUAUACUUUCAAACGCACAUUGCACUAGAACGCAGCUGGUACCUAUCUGGCACGCACUACGCGCGGACGCUCGAGGACUGGCUGAAAUUGCAGGAUUCCAAGAAGGAAGAGGGUCUCGCUGCUCUGCGCCGGGCCGCCAUCGCUCAGGGGCGCGACCAAAAUGAAGGAGACAAGACCUUCAACAGGUUCCGCGUGUUCUACAUGGCGUGCGCGGAGCUGUUUGCCAUGGACGACGGACAGCGAUGGGGUGUUGGGCACUAUCUCUUCCGUCGUAAAUAAGGAGCAAUUAUCGACCGUGCGCUGUGAAUAUCCAGAAGCGAGCAAGGAAACAACGGAACGACGCGUGCCCCAUUUUGUCAAACAUCUGGUGUACAACAGACUCGAAUGGCAAGUGCGACCUGAUGUCGAUGAAAUGGCUGCCUUCAGAUCUAUCGUGGGAUGGUUCGCGUUCAGGACGCAGUCUGCAUAACUGGAGAGCUGGGUGUAUGGUGGUACAAUGGUAUCAAUCUAUGCGGAAGAUCAUCGUUGAUACAGACGCUCAUUACUGAAGGCAUAUAGUCAGAUCGAUCAUAACACGUUGGUGCACCACACGUACGCGUUUCUGGGGCUCUCCCCUCACCAGGUCGCGUGCAUCCGCAGGGCUGGGAGAAGGCACGCCU